CCCGGGCCCGGCGGCGCUGGGAGAGGAGCGGCCGCGGCGGGGCCCCAUGCGGCGGCCGGGACGGAGCUCUCCGCCGCCGGGCCCCUCCCGUAGCGACAGCAGCACUAGGAGUCGCCGAUGACCUGGACCAGCAGCAUGAGCAGCGGCUACAGCAGCCUGGAGGAGGAGGACUCCGAGGAGUACUUCUUCACCGCCCGCACCUCCUUCUUCAGGAGGCCGCCGGGCAAGACCCGCGCCGCCCCGCAAGAUGAUCAGAAGGAGACCGAACCACAUGUUUAUCUCAGUAAAGAAGAAGUUAAAGAGAAGAUACAAAGCUAUAACUCAUCUGUCACUGAUAAAUUGAAGAUGACCUUGAACUCAAAUGGGAUUUACACUGGCUUCAUCAAAGUUCAGAUGGAACUAUGCAGACCGAUCACUGUGCAGUCUUCUCCCGGCCAGGGAACGUGUGCUCACAGCAAUAACGAAACUGCUUUUUACCUGCCGAACGACUGUGUGAAUACACUUCACAUCAGCAGCACCAAUACUGUCCGUGAAGUUAUUGAGGCCUUGCUCAAAAAGUUUUUUGUUGCUGACAACCCUGCAAAGUUUGCACUUUACAAACGCUGUCACAAGGAAGACCAAGUUUAUAUAUGCAAGCUGUCCGACAGAGAACAUCCCCUCUACCUGCGUUUGGUGGCAGGCCCCAGGACAGAAAUGCUCAGUUUUGUUCUACGUGAGCACGAGACUGGAGAGGUCAUGUGGGAAGCUUUCAGCCUUCCUGAACUGCAAAACUUCUUGCGUAUACUGGACAAAGAGGAGAACGAGCAACUGCAAAUCUUAAAGAAGCGUUACGCAGCUUACAGGGACAAACUUGAAGAAGCCCUUGGUGGGGUGUGGAAACCUGGUUAAAAAGGGGGCCAAAGCACACUCAGGAAAAAUGCACACAACCAAAUGUCAGUAUAGCAUGCCAAACCCAAAGUACAAAAGAGCAGCAAAGAGUAGUUUUCUUUAUUCGGAAGGCUGUUUUGUGAUGCUAGGGUACCUGAAUUUUGCUAUAGACUUAGUUCCAUAAGCCAGGUCACUUAGCAUCUCGCACCCACAAGUGUAAGGGAUUCUGCAUGUUUGUACAUCAGUUUGCAACCCUCUGUGUGCCUAGAGAGUUUUCCAAGUAAUCUUGGUGCAAGCUGUGAAACUGUAAUCAAUUUACUAGGAUGCUAUGAAAUAAGAUUAUUUUUUUUUCUUCUUUGCUUUAAUGGUAGCUUUACAAGUAAGGAGGUGCAAAUUGAUUGGCUUAAAAAAUGAAUAAAUCUAUCUGGAAAAUAAUCAGUUGGAGCACUAUCUUUGAGAUGAAAUUGAUUUGCACUACCUUUCUGGUUUCAAAUAGUUACUGUAUAAUUUGUGAGAGAACUGUUAUAGAUGGAAGGCAUAUGAGACCUUAUGUUUUGUUCUGUGAAAUUUGUGGAAGGCUUUCAGGUAGUCUUCCCAGAGAAGGUAAGGAGAAAGUUGAAGAGAGGGUUAGAGUUAGGGCAGGAAAAGUGUAAUAGCUGAUGGAGAAGGACUGGUUUUAAAUAGAAAUAGUAUUUAUACAGAGGAAAGUUAAAAUACUAAUUCUACAAGAGUAAAGUUUUAGGAUGUUGUAAUAUUGUGACUAAGUUUUAGGGCUUCUUAAUUUCAUAAAUCCACACUGGAAAAGAAAUAAAGAUGAUAGAAAAAUUGGGAAGGAAAAAGAGGCAAAAGCUGAAUAAGAAUGGAAGUGGAGCUGCACAGAGGUCACAAUUGGAGAAGCCAGUUCCAUAAAUGUGUAAUGGGGGGUUGGGAAGCGCAGCAAGGCUAACCAAGUGGCUGCUUACUUGAAUUCUGAAAUGUGGAUGUUACCUAAGGUAAAACUCUGUGAGAAAUACCCAUCCUAGUGAGUGUUUAAGAUCCAAGGUAUAACUACAGAUGCAUUUGGUCUUUGUUGUAAGUCAGAUCUUUCCUUUGGCUCAGCAGUCCAUUUUUAGGCUGGAUAAUCUUGAAUUGUCGUAUCUGAGAGACAAAAAUAGCUUCAUCUGCUUCCUCAUCUGUUAAAGGCUCAGUCAGGCAAAGGAAGUAAGAGUUUCUCAUUCAUGUUUCCAGCAUAACAGAAAAUUAAAUUAUACUGACUGUGUUGGUGACCAAUCCUAGCAACUCUUGCUUUUAGUAAUUGGAAGAUUUUCUCUCUCAUAUUUUUUCAAAUCCUUAAUUGAACACCUGAUUACCAAAUUCUGUAGACUGCUGAUUUACUUGAUUUAAAUGUAGGAAAAAUGUAGCAAGAAAACAUUUUACUUUAUUGUAAAUAAAAUUGUGGUUCUUUCAGAGUUAUUUAUCUAAAAAGCACGCUGGAAAGAAACCAAAGAAGUGGGAGUGCAAUAGAGGCAUAAGGCAGGUCAGGUAACCCAUAAUCCAGUCAUUACCACGCCAGAGAGGAAAUGAGCUGUAUAUAAUGGAGGUGAGGUGGGGGAAGUGCUAUAGGCUGAGGAACUGCAGAAGUUGGUGGUGAGUUGUGUUUUGUUUCGUUUGGGUGGGUUUUUUUCCUCUGCUCCUAGGAUGUUCAUUUUGAAUUCCCAAGGAAUUGUUAGAACUUUGGCGACAUCUAAUGGAUACUGUGUGAAACUCCACGAUGCUUCUGGUCAUCACCUUAAUUUGAUGUAACUGUGCCUUUGUUUCCUUUCCUUAGACUUCUUUUUUGAAACUCUUCACAGGUGUUUUUUGGUUAAAAAAAAAAAAAAAAGAAUU